GAAUUAACACGCAUCUUCAUUUAUCUCGUGGCUCGAGAAAUCCUCCAUUGUUUGCCGAGGAAACUGGGUCUAAGAUCCAAAUUGUCGUGGUUGGCUUCUUCAACAUCCUUCACUUUGGCAAUAGCGCCCGGCUUGGAAGAGUACAAAUCACAAGUCGCUCGACUUAAACAGUUGCUAUCCCGUCUGUGUCACACAUGCAAUUGUUUGAAACCACUGAGAACCAAACAUUGUGCACAUUGUGAUAGAUGCGUGGAAGUGUUUGACCAUCACUGUCCAAUUACAAACAAUUAUAAAUUUUUUAAGGUUAUAGUGCAAUAUUCCACUAAACAACAACAACGACACCGAGUAGUGGCUAGCAAACUAAUGGUUUUAUAUAAGCACAGUAGACGAAAAACCGGAAAAAAAUGA